ACCGGUAUUCAACAAAAAAGAUGACUUUUAUUACGGUGAAAUUUGGAGAUAAUGACCAGCGGAUAUUCAACCCAUACUGCAACUGUUUGAUUCUGCUGGAGUGUAUACGCAACAAGUGUAAUAUUGAUGACGAAAAUGUUAUUUUAGAUUUAUCGGACGCAUCGGGUAAUGUGAAACGACUUGCAGAUAACUUGCAAUCUUACGCCAAUGUCUACCUCGACGGAAGAGAAACAUACUGGCUCAUCAAAGUAGAGAAAGGGAAAAAUGAUGAUCCUACCAAGUACACGCUGCUCAUUAACGAACCGGAGAAAAACUACCCAGAACUAUCAAGUCGGCUUCAGGACUUGUCCAGACCCACGGUCCGACGCAAGGAAUCACAAUGGAGCAGUGUUAGGCGCAAAAUCCCUAAGAACGUCAAGGGUACCCGGCCCAAGAGCAACUCGUCAGGAGCCAAGAAGCGAUAACACCGAUGAUGAGUGCUUGUUUGUUUGUUUAUUUAUUUGUUUAUAUAAUCUUCCCGUAAAGUUUUAGAUUUAAAUUCACUCUAAUCGGUUGAGAUGGGGUGGACACAUUUUAAUUGCAUUGGUUGGUUUGGGUAAACCUGUCUGUAUACACACACACAUCUGUGUUGCAGUCAGCCUGUUGACAUUCCUUUGCUCUGUGCACAUAAGGAAAAAUCCUAUUCUUCAACACUGUAAAUAAUACUGUGUGGACAUGUGUAAGUCCACAUAGUGUUUCAAGUCCCUACAUGAUGUGGACUUAUGUUCUCAGGUCCACACUUUAUAUGUAGUGUUAAAACAUCUAAACCAAAUGAUGUACUCCUAUGGUGUUCACCAUACAAUAAUUUUAAGUAGCUGAGGUUUUCUGAUUUGUAAGUUUUAAGGACUUCUCUUGUGAAUAUUUAACAUUGUAUAAUUAAUUGCUAUGAAUCUUUAUAAUCCUACCUUUAACAUAUGUUUAUACUUAAUAUUCAUACUUAAUUGUUUCUUCAAUCUGUAUAUUUAUGUUUUAUGUUUCAGCGCUUAAAAACCCUGUAUUUAGUGCUAUAUAAAUGCAUGUUAUUAUUAUUAUAAUUAAAUUUAUUGUUCUAAAUCUUUUAGUGUUUUUUCUGUAUUGUUUGAAUCAAGGCCAGUUUCCCCAGUGUGUGAUAAUAAAGUUCCUAUCUUAUCUUAUCUUAUAUCUCAGAAAGGCUAAUUGUUUUUGUACUAAACACCAAACACCAAGAAGCUGUGCUGUCAAUUAGGAGGUAACUUUUCCAUUCAAACUUAUCACUUUUGUCGAAACAUACCCUUUGUUUUCAUAAACAGGUUAAGAUUGUACAUGAUUCUCACUUCCAUAAGCUCCAUGUAACCAAAACAUAAUGCCGUUUGAAUA